AGUGCGGGGCCGCGGCGCUCUGUGCGCAGCGGGAGCGCGGUCCCCCGCGAAGGCUCCCUGUCGCCUGCGUCCCAGAGUGGAAUUACUGGGUAAAAUCACUCGAUGUUUCACUUUUUGAGGAACAACCAGGCUGUUUUCAAAGUGGCUGUACCAUUUUACAUCCCCAUCAGCCAGGCCAAGAAGGAAGGGAGAACAUUCACCACCACAACGUUUCGAAGGGAAUACAUUGCCAGCAUUUUGAAUACUUAUUUGGACAAACAUUUCUUCAAGGAGGACGCAGCCCUCUGCCCGCAUGUCGCCACCUUGGAAGGACUGACCAAAUCCAGCCGCCUGGGCCACUUCCCACCCACCAUGGGACCCGCGGGAAGCUUGCUGAGUGGGGGACAAAUGCAGAUCGCCCUGUGGGGAAGCCUGGCAGCUGCGGCCACCUUCUUCGUCAUCACCUUCCUCAUCUUUCUGUGCUCCAGUUGUGACAGAGAAAAGAAGCCAAGACAGCACAGCGGAGACCAUGAGAACCUGAUGAAUGUGCCUUCCGACAAGGAGAUGUUCAGCCAUUCAGUUACCAGCCUGGCCACAGACGCGCCUGCCAGCAGCGAACAGAACGGGGCACUCACCAACGGUGACAUUCUUUCAGAAGACAGCACCAUGACCUGCACGCAGCAUUACGAGGAAGUCCAGACCUCAGCUUCAGAUCUGCUGGACUCCCAGGACAGCACAGGGAAGCCAAAAUGUCAUCAGAGCCGGGAGCUGCCCAGAAUUCCUCCUGAGAGUGAAGUGGACACGACGCUCAAUGGAGAAAGCGCGGACGGGGACCAGGGUCUGGGGACGGAGGGGCCGUAUGAAGUGCUCAAGGACAGUGCCUCACAAGAAAAUAUGGUGGAGGACUGCUUGUAUGAAACUGUGAAAGAAAUUAAGGAGGUGACGGCCGCCGCCCACUCAGCUGGAGGCCACAGCAGCAGGUCGAAGUCAACUUCCACUGUGAAAGAGCUUCCGGGGCCCCAGGCCAGUGGCAAGACAGACUUUGCCGAAUAUGCCUCUGUGGACAGAAACAAAAAGUGUCGUCAAAGUGCUAAUGCAGAGAGUAUUCUUGGAAAUCCAUGCGAUCCAGAAGAGGAGGCGCCACCCCCUGUCCCCAUUAAACUUCUGGAUGAAAAUGAAAACCUUCAGGAACAGGCAGAGAGUAAAGCAGGAGAAGGGGCCGCCGAGGGGACCAGUGAAACCAACAAGAGAUUUAGUUCGUUGUCAUACAAGUCCCGGGAAGAAGACCCAACUCUCACAGAAGAAGAGAUCUCGGCAAUGUAUUCAUCAGUACAUAAAAAAGGACAGCCAGGGAACAAAUCAGGACAGUCACUUAAAGCACCAGAGUCCACCUACACCUCCAUCCAAGGAGCUGCUCCCAGGUCACCCUCUUCCUGUAACGAUCUCUAUGCCACUCUUAAAGACUUUGAGAAAAUUCCCAACAGCGUCAGCACUCGCCCAGCAGCAGGGAGGCCCAGCGGCGAGGAGCCCGAGCCAGAUUACGAAGCAAUACAGACUCUAAACAGAGAGGAAGAGAAGGCUGCACCGGAGACCAACAGCCACCACGGCCUUUUCCCAAAGGAGAAUGACUACGAGAGCAUCGGGGACCUGCAGCAAUGCCGAGACCUCACCAGGCUCUAGCAGCCCGGAAGACAACCCAGCUAGCAUAGGACCAGCCGGCAGGGCCAGUGCUGCUGCAGAGCACAAGAAGCAGUGUCAACCACCCUUCAUAUGCUGCUUUCGGAAAAGGAAGAUGACCGGAGAUGCCGAAACCGCUUCUCAGUUUGGGGAACAGUGAAGGUACACACCCUACUGCCAGGGCACUGGCACACCCAAGCACACCUCCCUCCUAUACCCACACCCUCUGGAAGGAUCCCAGCUGUCAGUGGUCUCACCCUCUUUGUGAAGAAAGCCACACAGUAAGGAAGAACAGCACUCAUCCCAAACCACAUCUCACCUGCCUGAAACACUGCCAUUCCCAGGGGCUGGGUUUCUCUCCCUCUCUCCCCUUUCUGCUGCCUGCUACUAAUGGUAAAAUGAAUGGCUUUUUUCCCCUUGAAAUCUUCCGAUUUGUAAUGGUUCAUUCCAAGGAUAGUCUCCCACCAGCCUGGCCUCUGCCUUCAACGUGGGUGUUUUUCGAUGGUCAGAAAUUGUCCUUGCUGCUUCCCUACCGCUCCCCAGUCCCCUUCAAGGAGCUGCCCCUGGGAACCACCGGGCCCGGCCAGUGGAUAGGAUUGGAGAUGCCCCUCGAGCUGCUUAGCUCUUCAUUCCUUCUGAUUCGGGCAGUCCAUGUCAGCAGCCUCUCCCAAAGUACUUGAAGUCAUUGUUAGAUGCUUUAUUUUAUUUUUAUAGUCAAAAUGGUUUUUGCCCCAGUAUUUGAAACUCUUCAGAGCCUUUUCAGUAUUUUCAAUAAAUAUCGUGGUACUUCCAUACUUCUUUUAGCCCAGAGCUCGUUCCUCCAAAACAGAGAGCCUUAAUCUCUAUGUUGGGACACAGACCACAUGUUUGGAAGGCAGCCACGGCUUCCAUUUCCCAAGGGCUGUGAACUUGAAUGUGUAUUUCUGAUGAUCCCCGCUGCCACACCAGCCGUGCGGGAUGUCAUACAUGAACUGCUCCCCUAAGGUAAUCUAUCUGAGAUAAAAAUAUAGACAUUUAUUUUUGUUAUAUAAAUGUAUAAGGUAUUUUAUGUUUAACGCCUAAUUUCUAGAAAGUGCCAGAUAAAAUGUAUAUUAACUAUUUUGAUUUGAUGUACGAUGAUUUGUAUUCUCAUUUUGAAAAGACACCAUAAAGCACAUAAGCUGGAUAAUUAUGAGUAGUUGUUACCUUUUUUCUAAGCAAGUGUUGAAAACACUGAAGGUUUUUAAAGACUUGACUUUUCAAAUGGUCCUUGGAGCUCCUGGUCAAAUCAUCUGGCUCACUGGAGAAAUAAGUGGAAUAAACAUAAAUGAUCAUUUUCAAUGGUUUGUGGUGGGAAGUACUGAAAUAUUUGACAUGGUAAAAAUAGAAGAAGGAACAAGGUAUGACUAAGGAUGACUGUGAACAAUUAACCUCAAGAAGGUAUUAUAAUUUCAUUAAGUUUUCGCUACUUUUUUAAGAAAAAGGUGAUGAAUUCUGCAGCCUGGUGCUUGCAAAUGUAAAUUGCCUAUUGGGACUUUUUUUUCCCCUUCAUUUUACAAAAAUCAGUUGCUGAAAUAACUCAGAUUGAGAGCUCAGCCUGGUUUGAAUUUAAUCAUCUCUCUAGAUUUUAUAAGGCCGACAUUGGGAAGCUUGUUCACUUUUCAUUUUAAAAUGAACCUGGUUGAAGUGCUAUUAUGCAGUGUGGGCUACAGAAAAGGAGCUUUUACUACACUGCUAAAGAAAAAUAAAAAGAGGCAAUUAUUCUGUACUGCUGUGACAUCUGUGACUUUUCAGAUUGAAUAAUCUUGCUGUUUUCCCUCAUUAUGAUAAAGAAUGCAAUUGGGAGGAUGAAGCAUCUUGAAAAUUGUAGGGACCAGCUCCCGGGCAUGUUUUUUUCAUUCCUUGCAUUCAUAGCUUGAUUUUGUGACUGCUCUGUAAUAUGUUUCUGAAAUUGUAAAGUAGCUCGGUUGGGGUAAAUUGAUUGGUUGUCGUUAUUUUUCAGUCGGCCUGGUCUCUCCCAUGAAGACUUCAUGUGUAUAAGCACAAUCAUCUUUGAUCAAAAGAUCACGGCAGAAUAACCUUGGAUUAGGGAGAGGUUUAUCAGGAAGGUGCAAGGCCCCGUGCGCUCUGAAUUCACAUCCUUUGGAAGCACGGGUUCGCCCAGUGAGUCUCAUUGCUUAGUAUAAAUGAGUUUGACCCGACAAUCUUGACUUUGUGGGGUUGCUUUGUACCUGGGGACAGCCAUGUCACACUGCACACCUAACAUUGUGCAUGCUGCAGGCUUGUCCCUUAUGAGCCCCUGACUGCUCAAAAGUUGUAAUUCAUGAUGUCUUACUUAUUGCCAGGGUAGUGGGUAUGAUCUCUAAAGGGUAAAACCAUUUCUAGGUAGAGAAGCUCUUUAUAAAUAGGCAUAUCAUCUUGAAAUUUCAUUAUCAGAAUUCCCCCAGAAGUUUCAAAACCAAGGCUAUGCCUUAUGGCCAUAAAGUAUGCAAUGAAAUAUCUCUCUUGACUUGAAAACCUGUGCUAAGAAUAAGUUGUGAUGUAAAGUAGUAAAAGGAACUCUAGGGCUUCCCUGGUGGAGCAGUGGUUGAGAGUCCGCCUGCCAAUGCAGGGGACACGGGUUCGUUCCCCGGUCCGGGACGAUCCCACAUGCCACAGAGCGGCUGGGCCCAUGAGCCAUGGCCGCUGAGCCUGCGCGUCCGCAGCCUGUGCUCCGCAACGGGAGAGGCCACAACAGU